AUGAAGGCAUAUUUGAGAUAUGAAGGUAUAACUAGAUAAUAGUAUCCUUAAUCUCCACUAUAAGUAGAACCUAAACCAUUAUUUACUAUGAUGCCUCGUCGUAAAACUGCUUAGGCACCUUUUAGAAAAAGCUUACAUCAAAAUAAAUCACCCAUGAAUUUUGAUCGAUAAUUCGUUUUUGAAGAGUUAAGAAUAGCCAAUGCAUCUCUUUAAGAAAUUAAUAAAGAAUUAUCAUUACUGAACGAAUCCUUAUAAGAACAAGUUCAAAAAUUAUAAGAAUCAAACAAAGCUUUACAAGUAUAGAUCAAUUAAAUGACAAUUUAAAUCGAUGAUUUAAAAAUUAACAACCGACAUUUGAGAUCCUAAGAUAAUAGUUUACAUUUGCAGUCGAAAACAUUUGAUUAGAGGUUCAAACUAAUUGAGAUUUAAGAUUACAAGAUUAAAAUAACCACAUUGUGUAUCUACAGUUACAAUUAAGAAAGUUAAAUGAGUAAUUAGAGUAGAAAAGAACCUUAGAAAGUAAACCCAUAAAAAUGCAAUAACUAGCUCUUAAAGAAUUCGAUAGCAUUUGCGUAAUCAAAUCAUUAUAAAUGAUAGUUA